AUGGACAAGUUGAAGUGCCCGAGCUUCUUCAAGUGCAGAGGGAAGGAGAAAGUGACGGCUUCAUCUGAGAAUUUCCAUGUUGGUGGAAAUGAUGAGAAUCAGGACCGUGGCAACUGGUCCAAAAAAUCUGAUUACAUUUUAUCUAUGGUUGGAUAUGCAGUGGGAUUGGGGAAUGUGUGGAGAUUCCCAUAUUUGACCUACAACAAUGGCGGAGGUGCCUUCUUGAUACCUUAUGCGAUUAUGCUAGCACUGGCUGGUUUACCUUUGUUCUUCCUAGAGUGCUCACUGGGACAAUUUGCUAGCUUAGGUCCAGUUUCAGUUUGGAGGAUUCUACCAUUGUUUCAAGGUGUGGGGAUUACAAUGGUCCUGAUAUCCAUUUUUGUGACAAUCUAUUAUAAUGUCAUAAUUGCCUAUAGUCUUUACUACAUGUUUGCUUCUUUUCAACGUGAACUACCAUGGAAAAACUGUUCUUAUUGGGCAGAUAAAACCUGUAGCAGAUCGCCUAUAGUGACACAUUGUAAUGUGAGUAUAAAGCUAGGUGAAAUCUUCCAAGUGAAUAAAAGCUGGUUAGACGCCAACAAUUUUACCUGCAUCAAUGGAAGUGAAGUUUAUCAGCCAGGGCAGCUUCCCAGUGAACAAUAUUGGAAUAAAGUGGCGCUCCAACGGUCAAGUGGAUUGGAUGAGCCUGGAGUCAUUGUGUGGUAUUUAGCACUUUGUCUUCUUCUGGCCUGGCUCAUAGUUGGAACAGCACUAUUUAAAGGAAUCAAGUCUUCUGGGAAGGUGGUAUAUUUUACAGCUAUUUUCCCCUAUGUUGUCUUGCUAAUCCUGCUGAUCCGAGGGGCAACUCUGGAUGGCGCAUCAAAAGGCAUUUCAUACUAUAUUGGAGCAGAGUCAAAUUUUACAAAACUUAGGGAAGCUGAGGUUUGGAAAGAUGCUGCCACACAGAUAUUUUAUUCCUUGUCAGUGGCUUGGGGUGGUUUAGUUGCUCUGUCAUCUUACAAUAAGUUCAAUAACAACUGCUUCUUAGAUGCCAUUGUAAUUUGUUUGGCAAAUUGCCUCACUAGUGUGUUUGCUGGAUUUGCUAUUUUUUCUAUAUUGGGACACAUGGCUCAUAUAUCUGGAAAGGAAGUCUCUCAAGUUGUAAAAUCAGGUUUUGAUUUGGCAUUCAUUGCUUAUCCAGAAGCUCUAGCUCUACUCCCAGGUGGGCCAUUUUGGUCCGUAUUAUUUUUCUUCAUGCUUUUGACUUUGGGUCUCGACUCUCAGUUUGCUUCCAUUGAAACGAUUACAACAACGAUUCAAGAUUUAUUUCCCAAAGCGAUGAAGAAAAUGAGGGUUCUCAUAACUUCGGGUUGCUGCUUGGUUUUGUUUCUCCUUGGCCUCGUGUGUGUGACUCAGGCUGGAAUUUACUGGGUUCAUCUGAUUGACCACUUCUGUGCUGGAUGGGGCAUUUUGAUUGCAGCUAUACUGGAACUAAUGGGGAUCAUGUGGAUUUAUGGAGGCAACAGAUUCAUUAAAGAUAUAGAAAUGAUGAUUGGAACAAAAAGGUGGAUAUUCUGGCUAUGGUGGAGAGCUUGUUGGUUUGUCAUUACGCCUAUGGUUUUGACGGCAAUCUUGAUCUGGUCAUUGGUACAAUUUCAUAGACCUGAUUAUGGCAAAAUUCCAUACCCUGACUGGGGAGUUGCUCUAGGCUGGUGUAUGAUUAUUUUCUGUAUUAUUUGGAUUCCAAUUAUGGCUAUUACAAAAUUAAUUCAAGCUGAAGGAACCAUCCUUCAACGCAUUGUAAGCUGCUGCAGACCAGCUUCUAACUGGGGGCCAUACCUGGAAAGACAUCGUGGGGAAAGAUAUAAAAAUAUGGUAGAUCCUAAAAAAGAGACUGACCAUGAAAUACCUACUGUUAGUGGCAGUAGAAAACCAGAAUGA